AUGCCCGGAGUUUCUGUGGUGAACAAGGCCACAUUGCCAGGGAGUGUGCCCAGAAACACAGACAAAAGUGCGGGAAAUGUAAAAAGACUGGAUAACUGUACCUGUGUGGGGGAGCUGGUGGUGGAGGAGGAGAAGGAGACGGAGGAGGAGGAGCUGAUCGACCUGCACAGCUCUGCUGAUAGCUCUGUCUCCGGAGCUGACGAGGAACGGUCCCAGAUGGACGAGGAGGAGGCUGGAGGCAACUACUACGAUGUGCAGCCUGAGCCUGGGACAGACCUGCUGACGGGUGGAGAGCUGACGGACCUCAGCGCUGGGCUGACGCCAGGUCAGGUGAGCAGAGCAGCGGAGGAGCCAGUGACAGCGGUGGGAGUGGUGCCAGUCCCGGUGUUGAUUGCUGAUGACGUGGGGAGGCCGGUGGCGACGCCGGGGGUGUCUGAUCGAGAGAGAGUCGGGGCGAGAGCCACUGACGAGGAGGCAGCAGGAGCAGAGAAGGAGCCAGAGGCUACAGCCGUGCAGACGACGGUGCCAGAGAUUCUGAUGCCAGCAACGGUGCAGACGCUGGUGAGAGGCAGGCUGCAGUCUGCGUCGAGGCUGAGAAACCAGGCCCUGGCCGUGAUGGAAGAGAGCCAGAGACUUGGAGCCACGGCGAAAGGAAAAUGCGUCUCGAGGGUGACGGGUCCGGCGACCGUGACCCGAGAGAGGAUUGCUAUUGCAAUGGCGCAUGGAGUGCCACUGGAGGCCUACAAUGUACAAAGCGGAGGGGAGGGUUUCGCCCCCUCGCUGUUGGCAGAGCCGAUGUCGGGCUCGGAUGAUGCCUGCCAGCCAGAGAAGAGUACGCAGAAGAGACCUAGUGUUGCACCAAAAAAAGACAGAGCCAGAGUGCAUUGUGGGUCACACAGCUGCAGGUGCUCCUCCGACAAGGCACGCCUGUCUUUCUGCUCCGGCUUUUCUCCGUACUCUACUCGUUUUUCUUACAUGCCAUCAUUGCUACACCUGUGCACCGAACCCUGCCUGGCACUACGACGACGAACACAGACGUCCCUGAAAUGGCUGACAAAGACAGUACGACCCUGCUUGGAUUAACGACAACCCGAAUCAAUAUCCCCAUA